AUUUCAUAGGACUCAAAUGUAUCUCCACGCAAUGAGCCCUGGGCAUCACAUUUCAAGUUAACCGUUGUAGUGAAUUCGAAGCCUCGUAUUGUUCGCCUCCGUGAUAACGACCACCGUAUAAAAUGGCCAAGGAUGCCAUCAAGAACUUCAGAAGAUGGUUCCCUCCAAAUCGCUUUCAUCUGUUUUUGCCCUUCCGGCGCUUGCCUUCCUCUCGCUGUCAGCGAGCGCGUUGCCUCAUCCUCGGACAGCGUCAAGCACGACUACUCUCAAGCUUGCAGUUAGAAUAAACUCGUACGGGAUUAAGAAUAUCGCAACAGCAGAUCGAGCUCGAGUCCAAGCCCUACAAGCUGGCGACAGCUCUUCCGUCAGUGCAACCAAUGCUGUGAUGAUAUACACCGCUGACGUUGGCGUGGGGAGUCCAGCAACGUACUACACACUCCUGGUAGACACCGGGAGCUCAAAUACCUGGAUCGGGGCUAACAAAGCUUACGAGAAGACUUCCACGAGCAAGGACACGGGCAAUCAAUUCUAUGUUCCAUACGGCGAUGGGAGUUACGCUUCUGGAGAGGAAUAUACAGACACCGUAACGCUCAACUCUGAUCUGGUCAUCGACAACCAAUCCAUUGGGGUCGCAUAUAAAUACUCAGGGAUGGGUAGCCUGAAUGGACUUCUUGGCGUCGGACCAGUUGAUUUAACGCAGGACACCGUCAGCAAUACAAAUGAUGUUGCCACUGUGACGGACAACCUCUAUAAGCAGGGAACAAUAAGUUCAGAAGUACUCGGAGUGUUCUUCGCACCUGCUUCCUCUGGUGAUACCAGUGGCGAGCUCACAUUCGGCGGUUAUGACGCCUCCAAAAUUACUGGAGACGUUAGUUAUGUGCCGAUCACAUCAACAUCUUCAGCGAGUGCCUACUGGGGCAUUGAUCAAUCCAUCAGUUAUGGGUCUACGACUAUCCUGGAUGAGACUGCUGGCAUCGUCGAUACCGGAACCACCUUAAUUUACAUCGCCUCUGAUGCCUUUGAAACGUAUCAGUCUGCGACGGGGGGAACCCUUGAUAAGACUACUGGCUUGUUACAGAUCUCAUCCGACCAGUACCAGCAACUCUUAUCCUUGUAUUUCACUAUUGGUGGGGUUACUUACGAGCUCACGCCGAAUGCGCAAAUAUGGCCUCGAUCGUUGAAUAGCUACAUUGAAGGUACCACCGACGGCAUAUACCUGGUCGUCAGUAGCAACGGGAGUCCCAGUGGUUCUGGCUUAGAUUUCACGAAUGGCUACUGUUUCCUCGAGCGGUUUUACUCUGUGUUCGACACGACAAACUCCCAAGUCGGAUUUGCUACCACUGAGUACACCUAUGCCACGACAAAUUGAAUUCCUCUUCUCGAAAAAUCAUGGUUUUAUUUGCAUCAGCAUAAUUAUGCGACGUGCCUUACCUGAAUUUAUUGUGUUCGAUGUGCAUCAGUGCAUGGAUGAGAGCGAUGGUGCUGUGGUAAACCAACCGGACUCUGAUCAUGACGACUUUCUUCCAGUAUGUCAUGUGUGCUCAGGAUAAGGUUGGCCUCAGUAUGUCCGCUAUAUAGACGAAGUCGUGGUUCUGUGCGCACGAGGAAGAUUCUAAUUGAAAGUAUUUUGUUAUGUUAUCGGACAUGAACUGCCGAUAGAAUCCCGAUGGGAUGUCUCCUUGUGCAAGUGGAGGAAGCUUUGCCCCAAUAAUUCAAUAUUAAUGGAGAGCUAUUGAUUCCCAAGAUUCUGAAUCGUGUCUUCAACUGAGAUUCGUGCUACUUUGUUCUCCAAGAUCAUAGUUAGUCGAACAUGAUCUUAAA